AUGUACAGUUACAGAGCCCUCUUUAUUAAAGUGCCUUCGCUUUCUCCUCUCCUCCCGCCUUCGCAUUUACGUUUUUUACUACCUUCAUAACGUUCUCGAUUUAAUCAGAAAUAAACAAAUCCAGAUGUCUAGAGCAACUGUCGAGCUCGAUUUCUUUGGCAUGGAGAAACGGAUCUCUGCUAACUCUCGCUUCCCCAAGUUCCUUCAUCGCCAGAGGAGCUUUCGAGAUAUUCAAAGUGCCAUUUCAAAAAUCAAUCCUCAGCUUCUCAAGUCUGUAAUUGCCUCUGGCUCUGCCAAUCAGCAGUCUCCGGAAAAUGGCCAUCAGCUCGAUUCAAAAAAGUCAUUUUCGGUGCCUUCUACUCCUAAAGAAGAACUCAAUCCAUUUCCUCCUUUACCUGUCUAUUCUCCUCUUCAAAGGCCUGCUUUAGAGAAUCCUCCUCAAACGGCUCCUUUGACGAUCUUCUACAACGGAACCGUUGCGGUUUUCGAUGUUCCUCGAGAUAAGGCGGAGACGAUUUUGAAACUUGCCCAAAAUGGAAUCUCCAAAUUUGUUGAAUCAACAAAUCAAAAACAGCUGCUGGGGACUCUUGACGGAGAUCUGCCAAUUGCUAGGAGAAAAUCUUUGCAGAUGUUUCUGGAGAAACGCAAGGAAAGGUUGACUUCGGUAUCCCCGUAUGCUUGCAAAUCUGUUUGUCGUUUAUAGAGCAGAGCAGAAGUGAGAAUGCCCUGAAGGAGUUGUUUAAGGAUAGGGACCUUAGAAUACUGUUUCCUCCUUUAUGGCGUAGAGUUGGGGUUGCUUUUUAAAUGUGCUUUCCUCCUUUCAUGGAUAGCUAAAGAAAAACAAGUCAUAGUUUAGAUAAUGGGAUUGGCAUAGUAGGGUCCGUUGUUUGAGUGGCCGAGAGUCACGUUUUAGUAAUGGGUAUUCAAAGGUGCUACUUCGCUGCAGUUUCCUCCAUUGUUUUAUCUGCAGCAUUUAUAUCAUGUUUAUGCUAACCUAUUCUUCCAAACCCUUUAUUUUUAUAUAUUUUUGUUAUUUAUUAGUUCAUUUA